AUGACGCUUCUGCAACGAGCAAUGAAGCAAAGUGGCAAUGACAAAUUUCUUAUUGAUGGUUUCCCUCAUAACGAGGAAAACCGUGCAGCAUUUGAGAAUGAGAUGUCAUCACAGACUGGGAUAGAGCCAGUAUUCAUCUUGUUUUUUGAUUGCCCUGAGGAAGAGAUGGAGAAGCGUCUUCUUUGUAGAAACCAGGGAAGAAAAGAUGACAAUAUAGCAUCAAUUAGGAAGAGAUUUAAGGUUUUUUUGGAAUCUAGUCUUCCUGUGCUUGCUUAUUAUGAUGUUAAGGGAAAAGUGUGCAAGAACUAA